AUGGGGACUAGCUGGGUGCUCAACGCCACGGCGUCGUCGGUGGAGGGACGCGGGGCGGGGGAGGCGGAGCCCGCGCCCUCGCCCGCGCCCGACGCGGAGGCGCCGCGCCGCCGCCGCCACCGCCCGCUCUACCGUCGGCUCUUCCACUACUUCCGGACCGCUUGGACCGGCGUCAAGUUUGCUCUAGGUCUCACAGAGCAGUCAGAGAACUCCGAACUCGAGGAGUUGGGUGAGCAACUCCCGCGCUACCGACCGGAUUCCAUAGCGGCCCUGCGGCGCGUCACCCGCUUCACGGAGCCCGAGCUGAAGCGCCUGUACCGCGGCUUCAAGGCCGAGUGUCCCACGGGCGUGGUCAAGGAGGACACCUUCAAACUGAUCUAUUCACAGUUCUUCCCUCAAGGAGCCAACACUGCACAGUACGCCCACUACGUUUUCAACACACUGGAUCAAGACAGAAGUGGCUUGUUAAGUUUUGAGGAGUUCGUGACGGGCCUAUCGGUGCUCUCAAGAGGUAGUUUAGAAGAAAAGUUGCGAUGGACGUUCUCCCUAUACGACAUUAACGGUGACGGCUGCAUCACUAAAGAGGAGAUGACCGACAUAGUGACGGCCAUCUACGAUCUGAUGGGCCGGGUGGUGGAACCCUCGGUCGAGGAUGACGUGGUACAGCAGAAGGUGGAGAGACUGUUUCAGAAAAUGGAUCUAAACCGCGACGGUGUUGUGACAUUGGACGAAUUCCUGGACUGCUGCGUGCGCGACGAGGACAUCUCGCGCUCCAUGGGCGUGUUCGACAGCACCUUCUGACAUCCUGCUGACGGCGCGGGCGCCUCCAACGCCGCGCGCCGCCGCGCCGCCCCGUGACAAAGGCCUUUGAGUGCCCCAUUUCUACUCGGGGCUUAGGGCUUCUUUGAAAAUAAUCCUUCAAUCUCUAAGGGCGACGCGGCUUUUAAGGAUUACCGAAGCUGAUGCGUUGCCAUGAACAAACUGCGUGAACGCAUUAUUUAAGCUCCGGUACCAGAAAUCCUUACUUGGUACUUGCGUAACAGUUCUUGGAUCCGCUUUUUGUCUUAAAUUACUGUUCUGACUGUGAUCUAGUAUUCAGUCAUUUGAUGUGUAAGGCGCGCGGAAAGCCUCAAUAAACCUUGUCCCUCAA